CGUCAAGCGUUCACGCCGCCCUUGGUCUCCCUCCACACCGCCGCCUGGCUCUGCAUCGCCUAUCCCCCCCCCGGAUACUGCGCAUCUCCCGAUGGACUCGAUCGAAUCGAACGGCUUCUCGGCCAUGGAGACCCUCAGUCCCAACACCUCCAGCACAAUGCAGACCUCGACGCCGCUAUCCACCACGCCUCCGUCCUCGGCUCGCUUUGCUGCCUCAGAACCAAACCACGCUUUCGGCAACUCGGCCGGCUCUGUCUCGCUGGCUGCGGCGUCUCUUUAUCCUGCUGGAUCGGCUCCGCCAGCCGAUCCGACAUCCAUCCUCGGCUCUCUGGCCAGCCUCGAUUCCGUCUCCAGCUCCAACGCCACUUUUGCCAACGGCUCUGUUCCGCAUCCUGGACCUCCCGGCUCUUCGCCGUCAUCGUCUGUGUCUUCGCCCGAGGCAUCCCAUCCCCCAGCUCCGACGCCAGGUCUCCAUUCGUUCCAGCCGCCGACAGAACGAGGCGACCCCGUUGACUCAUUGGAGACCACCCUGCUCGGCUUUUUGGACUCGCUGCUCAAGCUUGGCAUCACGGUCUCGGACUUUCAGGUCGACUCCAACCCGGUCCUCAUCAGCCGCCUGAACGAGGUCGUCUCCAACCUCGGGGAACUCAAUAGCCUGAAAGACUCGAUCGAUAUGCAGAUCCCGAUUGCCCUGCUGGAAUGCAUCGAGGACGGAAACAACCCAGAUCUGUACUCGCGCAACAUUGUGCAGGACGUUGUCAGCAAGAACCAGCGGACCCACGGCAAAGUACAGAUGCUCGAGACCUUCCAUUCCGCUCUUGAGACUGAAAUCCAGCACAACUUCCCUGAGUUGUUUACAGACUAUCAGGCCGCCCGAUCUCAACCACAGAGCCAACCCAUCCAGCCGCCUCCAUCGUCAUUGCACACCUUUUCACCACCGGCGUCGUCAUCGUCAUCACUACAACCACAAAUGGCUCCGCUGCCAUCGUCAUCGGUAGCUCCACCACCGCCAUCACUCCAGUAGCCGUUCGUCACGCUGCCCGAUAUUGAGCUGCGUUGUUUCAUCCAACUCCACUUCCAAACUCCUUGGCCCUCACAAGCUUGCUUCUAUCGUGCCAGCCCACGCUCUCCUCCGAACCACGCCUUGACUUUCCCCGAGGGCAUUGUCAAUCGGUAUUGCCCUUCGUCCUCGCGGAAACCAGUACAUUCUGGCCUGAGACUCGGCCACGCCCUUCCAAUCUAUUCCCUCGGCUACGCUCUCACCGUCACGCAUACUGCCCCUCCAUCCCUCCAUCCCUCCAU